CGCCCCCUACUCAAGCUCCUCGUGCUUGAAAGUUCGCUUUUGAUUGUUCCCCGUCGUUGUGGCCCAAUACCGCGCUGAGGUUUGAUAGAGCGUUAACCAAAUCACUGAGUAAAUCGGAGAAAGGGGGAGUGUUGCGGUCAGUGCAGAUCAUCCGCGAAGCCAAGAUGACCAAGCGCAAAGGAAAAAGUACCAACAAACAGGACGACAGUCUGCUGCUCUUGGAGACGCCAUCUGUAACACCACCGAAGGGAUUUAAAGAAUAUGCGGUCCCUGCCAUUGUUUUCUUUAUUUUCGCUGUCGGGGGAUCAACGGCAGUCUGGUUCUGCAGCCAGCAGCAACAAACCAUCGACAGUCUGACAGAGACAGUCAAUGCAAUGCAACUUAGGAUAACCAAGUUCCAACAGCAGUUGGGAAUGGGUAACGCGCAGAUUGCCAAUGUGGGUGUUUUUGAAGAGCGUCUACAAGCUUUGGAAGAAGCCUACACACAAGCCCAAAAAAAGGCAGAUGUUGCACUGGCCACUUCAGAAAAAAUCAUAUCAACUGAUCUUCAAAACCAAUUCUGGUCUCUUCAGUCCGAGAUGAAUGGCAAAAUUUCUGAACUCCAGCAGGAAUCUGUUUCCACUGCAACUUUGAAUGCAGUGGUAAAGAAUAAGACAGAAGAGACUGAAACACUGAAGGAAAGGCUUAAUUCAAUCCUUAGUGCAAACUCUGAGGUAGCUGUUAGCAUUUCUGAGCUCACAGACACUGUUUUGGUCACCAAAUCACGUCUUGACAAGCAGAAGUCUACUAUAGAGGGUCUCACAUCUGAGUUGGAGGAACAAAGAAUGGAACUUUCAAGCCUGAAGGAAUCCUUUAUCAGCAACAAGAAUGCUCUUGAAAGAAACAGACAGGAGGCGUUGGACAUCAAGGACCUGCUGGAGACAGAACAGGCAAGAAGUUUGCAAGCUCUUGAGGAGCAGCUUAUGGCAGUCCGUAGUAAUCUGGAGGAUCAUCAGAAGAGUACUUACAGCCUUCACUCCCACCUUGCUGCUCAACUUCAGAUCGUCCAGAGUCAGAUGUUAUCUGAAAGCCAGCAGUACAGUUCAGAGGAAAGUAUUCCAGUAGAAGAGGAGCAAAUGGACCAGGCAGCAACUCAGGAGGAAGUUCCAAUCGAGAAUGAAGAAGUUGAAACAAAGGAACAAGCCAUUACAGAUGAGGAAAUAGUAGAGGAGGGUCAUGUUGAAGAAGGGGAGGGAGUGAUACCUGAGGAGGACGAGCCAGCUGAUGAUGUUCAGGUUCGUGGGGAAGAACCUGCUGAAAAGCAAGCCAAUGAGAAUAAAGUUCCUGAUGAAGCUGAAGUCAAAGACUUUCGCGAAGAGCAAGCUGUAACUGAGGAGAAUGAACAAACUGAUGAGGUUCCAUUCCACCAGGAUAUUAUUGAGGAGGAAGCAGUAACUCAGCAGGAUGAAAUGCCUGAGGAGCUGCAGGUAUCUGAGAGGGAAGUUCAAGCUGAGGAGGUUCAAGUCCUCUGGGAACAAGAAUCUACUGAGAAGCAAGUAGCAGCUGAGGAGGAUGCAAUAACUGAGGAUGUUCAGGUCAACAAUGGAGAUGUUAUUGAGGAGCAAGCAGUAACUGAAGGGGAUGCAGUAUUUGAGGAAGUUCAGGUCAACAAUGGAGAUGUUAUUGAGGAGCAAGCAGUAACUGAAGGGGAUGCAGUAUUUGAGGAAGUUCAGGUCAACGAUGGAGAUGUUAUUGAGGAGCAAGCAGUAACUGAAGGGGAUGCAGUAUCUGAGGAAGUUCAGGUUAACGAUGGAGAUGUUAUUGAGGAGCAAGCAGUAACUGAAGGGGAUGCAGUAUCUGAGGAAGUUCAGGUCAACGAUGGAGAUGUUAUUGAGGAGCAAGCAGUAACUGAAGGGGAUGCAGUAUCUGAAGAAGUUCAAGUCAAUUAUGAAGAUGAUAUUAAAGAGCAAGCCGUAACUGAGGAGGAUGAAAUUACUGAGGAGAUUUCAGAGGGAGACCCAACUUCCAUGGAAGAAACCGGAGAGGACACAAGUGUAGAAGAGGCUGUUGAGAACUCUGAAGAUCAUGUAGUUGAAGAGCAAAAGGAGCCACUAGAAGAGACUGAGAAGCAGAAAGACUUGGAAGAAUUUGAAGAACACGUGCAAGAAUCGGAAGAAGAAGAAGAACCUGCCGAGGAGAUUGAGGAAGAGAUAGAUGAUCUCUACCAAUGAAAGUUAAGUUCCUGAGAGGAUGACAGUUCAAAAUAAAAGACUUUUUCUGAGGACUUGAAAUGAUCCCCAAUGAAUUAUGUGAUGCAUAGUAUUUCACAUUUGUUGAAAUGUUCCUCAGUCUUAUUUUGUAUACCCGAAAGUGAACUUUGAACCUAGCAGUGAGUUUUUCAAAUCCAAUGAUGAAUGUUUUUCUAGUGAUAUCUCUUAAAAUUGUGAAGUGCUCUGUUUACACUGAAAUGUAGAGAGUGUUGAUAUUGUUGUAUUAGGUUACACAUUGAAAAAACUGCAGCAUUUUUCAUACAGCAGUUUGCCAGCUAACUAACCUCAGGAGUGUCACUUGAAUAAAACAGCUUUUUAUCUUUUUUUUUUACUA